AUGAAUUCCUUUGGCAUCCAAGCCGCCGUCGAUGCCGAUGUUCUCCAGUCAUCUAUCACGGCAACAGACUAUUCCUUCAUCAAAGAGGUUAUCGACUCUUCAUGCCAGGCUCUCGAGUCAGUCAACAGGCUAUUCGAGGCUGGUACGCUCCGGUACUGUCCCGUCCGAGUAUUUCUUCGCAUCAUCAUGGCUUCCAUCUUCCUUUUAAAAGCACUUAGUCUUGGAAUCCGAACGACAGAUCUAGAGACAUCCCUUGGAAUAUUGGAGAGAAGUAUACGGGCAUUGAGGAAUAGUAAUCUCGACGAGAUGCAUCUAGCUUCUUGGUAUGGAGAGUUACUGGAUAUGCAUCUAGAGAGGUAUAGGCAAAGUAUGGUCCCAACUACGAUUCCUCAAGGAAUUCGUACAGUGGACCAAACCUCGCAAUGGAUAUUCGACACCAGCGUGCCGCUAGUAAAUGAUGCACUUGGAGAUUUGUCGAUGCCAGCUGUGGAUGACUGGCUUGCACUGCCAUUUGAUCCUAGCAUGGCCCCGUUUGGCUUUGCUACUGAUGACCCCGACAUGGCCGAACCAGAAUAUAGAUUAUGGGAUUUCUUAUAG